UUCCCUGGAGCAACAGCGGCAAAAUGGCGGCCAAGGCGCCAAAUACAAAUUUUUGAAUGCUCGGUGAGGGCUAACGCUGUCUCUGGCCGACGUUCCGGAUGGUGAGGCCAUGGACGCCUCGGCGUGCAUGAAGUCUCUGCUCUUGGCGGCUUCUCAGUACCGAGCUGCUCGCACCCAGCCCAACGCAGCGCUGCUCCAGCGGAGUUUAGAGGUUAUCUCAGGAUUGAAAUUGACAAAAUUUUUUGCAUCAAACCAUAUUUUACCAAGUGAAUGCCUCAAUUGCUUAGUAGAACUUAUUGAGGACCCAAAUCUAAGCCCUCCAUUAACAUUGAAUGUAGUAGGCUUGCUUUCUCAGUUAGUUCUAGAUAAUGAAACCAGAGAAGCCCUUCAGAAUGCUUACAAUUUGUGUGGUGCCCUUGCAAGUGUAAUUCUUCGAAGUUCUACAAAUCCUAUUGACCCAGUAAUAUUGCAAAGUAUUCAACUGCUACAGAAAUUGACCUACAAUGCAAGAAUAUUGCAAUCCAGUGCUAAUAUUGAAGACUUAAUUUCUUUCCUAAUGAUUCGUAUUCAAUCUACAGAAGAUGAGUUAACUAUACCAUGCCUAGGACUUACGGCAAACCUUUGUCGACAUAAUCUCACUGUUCAAACAUAUAUCAAGUCAUUGACAAAUGUGAAAGGUUUUUAUCGCACUCUGAUCAGUUUCUUGGCUCACAGUAGUCUAACAAUGGUUGUUUUUGCACUUUCAAUAUUAUCAAGUCUUACAUUAAAUGAAGAAGUUGGAGAAAAGCUGUUUCAUUCCAGAAAUAUUCACCAGACUUUCCAGCUAAUAUUUAAUAUCCUUGUGAAUGGUGAUGGAACCCUAACAAGAAAAUAUUCUGUGGAUCUGCUUAUGGAUCUUCUGAAGAAUCCGAAGAUCGCAGAUUAUCUUACCAAGUAUGAACAUUUUACAUCUUGUCUCAAUCAGGUGAUAGGCCUUCUGCAUGGAAGAGAUUCUGAUUCUUCAGCAAAGAUAUUAGAAUUGCUACUUGCAUUUUGUUCAGUGACACAACUCCGUCAUAUUGUACGUCAAGCAGUACUGGAACCAAAUGUAGCAGUUUCUGCAAGUACAAAACUUGCAACUCGUGCUAAGAAUUCAGACUCAUCUAUUGUUUUAGUGCAUUGGUCAAACCAGCCACUGGAAGUAUCUGAAAAGUGUUCACAUCUUGCUUUGGAGCUAUUCAGGGAGCUAUUUGAGGACAUUAUUGAUUCAGGCAAUAGUGCAACUGCAGAACGCUUUGUGGAUCUUCUUUUGCCCAUUCUUCUCGACCAUCUUCAUUUUCCUGACCACAGACUAGAAGAUCUGUUGGCAAAGAAAAAAUGUGAACGAAUGAUCAAAACUAUUGAUAUCUUGAUAACUCUUUGUGCAGAUGAUAUGCUGAAAAUGCAUGUCACUAAAGUUUUAACAGCUAGCAAGUGUUCUAUUUUAAUAGAACACCAAUUUACUUCUAGUGGAGUUGAUUUUAGUUUUGGAACAAAAUUUAUGGACUGUGAAUUAAGCAAACUUGCUGCUGAUCUAAUCUUAAAAACACUGGAUCUGAUGAGUAAGCUUAAGCAGCUGGUUCCUAACAUGGAAGUCAGUUUUUACAAAGUUCUUCAGGACCAGCGCUUGGUUUCCCCUUUGGCUUUUGCUUUAACAUCAGACCACAGGGAACAAGUUCAAGCAGGACUUAGAAUAUUAUUUGAAGCAGCCCCGUUGCCAGAUUUUCCUGCCAUAGUACUUGGUGAAAGUAUUGCAGCCAAUAAUGCUUACAAAAAACGGGAAUCUGAGCCUUUCUCUAAAAGAAGUCAUCUGCAGGCAUCCGUGACUUCUGUAAAUUCAGUAAAAUCCUCUAAUGUUUGCCAUACCAAUGAUGGUGAUGCUGCAACUUUCAAUAUUCAGGACCUGAUACACAAACUCCAAUCUGGCUUAGAGAUGAAGGAAUCAGUCACAGACAUCAGGGUAUCUGAAAUAAUAGAAGUAUAUGAACAGAAAUUGUCUGCAUUGGCAUCCAAGGAAACAAGGUUGCAGGACCUUUUGGAAGCAAAGGCAUUAGCUCUUUCUCAAGCUGAUAGACUUAUUGCCCAGUAUCGUUGCCAGAGAGCUCAAGCUGAAUCUGAGGCUAGGACGCUUGCUUCAAUAUUGAAGGAUACAGAAAGAAAAAAUGAAGAUCUGGAGUCACUAUUGAAAGCACAGCAGACAGAAUCUGAACGAGCACAAAAUGAUAUUGAACAACUAUUUCAGCAUAAUCGGAAAUUGCAAACAAUAGCAGAAGAAUAUGAGAUACUGAAAAGAUCUUCCAUUGAUCUGCUUCAAAAGCAUGAAACUAUUGAAAAGCAAUAUAACAAUCUGCAGGGAAUGUGUAAUUCAUUGAAUAAACAACUGGAAACCCUUAAAAGACUGAAUGAAUCACUGAAGCAACAGAAUGAAAAAACCACCGCUCAGCUUCUUGAAACAGAAGAACAUAGAAAAGAAUUGAGCAAACAGAUCCAAGAAAAAGAUGGACAAAUAUCAAGUUUACAACAGAAGAUAAAAGUUCAAGAAGAAAAACUAAAAACCAGACAGAAGGAAAAAAUAGAUAUGGAGGACAAAAUGGACAUUCUCAGAAAAGAGCUAAGUAAAACUGAACAUGCAAGAAAAGAACUAAGUAUUAAGGCAUCUUCUUUGGAAGUUCAGAAGUCACAGUUGGAAGGGCGACUAGAAGAAAAGGAGGCUUUAAUCAAGCUUCAGCAAGAAGAAUUAAACAAACAUUCUCAUAUGAUUGCAAUGAUUCAUAGCUUAAGUGGCGGUAAACUAAAUGCAGAAGCAGUGAAUCUCAGUUUAUAGAGAAGAUUAUCUCAAUAUGCGAUUAAUGUCAUUUUAUGUUUUGUUAUGAAAAAUAUUUUAGGCAACUUUCCUUGAAGAUAUUGUGGCUUUUAUGAAUAGUAGGCUACAUUUUAUUCUUUUUGACACUAAUAUCUAUAUCACUAUUGGCUGCCUUGUUUAUGGAUUUAACAAGGACUGGAUAUAAUUUUUGAAAACAUAUUAGUAAAAAACCAUUUGAUGCUGAAACUAUCAACUAUGAUAGGUUUACUUAAGUUAGUAAUUCUACUCUUAAACUGUUUUUAUAAAAGCUUUCAUUUCCUUGUAUACAAAAUGUUGCAGUGAAAUCUUGGUGGUUAACAUAUACACUUCAAAAUGAAAGUCUAUAAAUAUAUGUAUAUGUAUAUAUAUAUAUUAUGUAGAAAAAUGUUUUUAAGUCUUAUAUUACAAUACAGAUAUACAUUAAUGAGUUACAAAUAUAAAAGAGGUCUGAAAUCCCCCCCCCCCCAGAAGUAGAAUAGAAGGUCAGUUUUUAUAUAUUCAGUAUUCCUCCCAGUGUAAAUGUUAAAUAAUUAUAUUCAUAGUUUUUCAGAUUUAGAGAUUUCUGAAAAUAAUGCCACAGGUUGUUUUUGUUCUUUUUAAAA